AUGGCAGGAGCAUCAACUCCCCCCAUUGCUCCAACUACAACGUCUUCUCGUCGACGCCCGUACUACAAGAACCGCUCAACAAACAAGAACAACAGCUACAGCGGCUACAGGAGUAACAACAGCAGCAGCAACAGCAACAGCAACAACUCCUCUCCCAACAAGUCUUACUCUUCUACCCUAUCAGCAAAAUCAGCAUCACCGAUGGCAAUGGCAAUGAAACUAGAAGAAAACCAAACUCACAGAGCCAUAAGACCAAUCUGGCAGACCUGGGACUCCUUUGCGGUCAAUCUGUUCAGUGUCCCCAAUGAAGCAACUGCGUUCACCAUCUGGACGGCAUUUAAUCGGCAGGGGAAUAUCUUUGCGAUUGAUUUGUAUGAGGAUGACUCCGGGAGAAGAAAUGGGAAGGGGAGGAUACGGUUUAGACCGCCUCCGCAGACGGACUUUUGGAGAAAUGCGCAUUGGCAAGUCGAUUUAUCCGGAGGACGGGAGGCGAGGAUUAGAGUCCUUCCUCACUUUGAAGAGAGGGAUACGCGGAUUCCGAGUCCUGUGGAUCCAAAUGAGUUGUAUCCGGCUGAAUUCGACAUUCCCAUCACAACAAUCGACUUUGGUCCGAUGAUAGGACCUAACUCCAUGCUGCUGAUGCGCCAUCUUCAAAAGACGCCGGACGAACAUCCCCGAUUGACGGUAGACCUGAAACAGCGACAGUUGCUCGUAUUUUUCCAGACUCCGAUUCAAUCAACCCAGGGAGUUUCCGCCUUGUCUCAUUAUCGUCUAAAGGUUCCCUUUGCGCAGUUGUCGACUCUGUACCAAUACAUUGACAGCGACAAUGCCUCGGAUUCGGUGUCGCAUAUUCUGCGGUUCGAGAGUCCUCCGUUGUACCAUCGCCAUCUAUACAAUGUGGAGUCUAGUUUCGGUGGCCGCGACUCGAAGAAUGGAUGGAGGUCAAUGGAUUGCUGGUACCGUCAGACUGAUAUUGUCCAUCGAAAUGGGCUUUGGUCGGUUCUUCCAAUCAGUCUGCGCAAAAGGAACCCAGUUAUUGAUAUUGGGCGUUGGAAUGCGAUCAGAAUCAACUACGCGCAGGACUCUAUUCAUUCCAAAUCAUAUAGACUUCUGUGCAAGGCCUUGAGAGAUUUCAAUAUUGAAAUCAAAAUCGAUGACGAAUUCAAAGUGGAGAUGCCACGCACUCUGCCAGUGCCUGUGGUAUGGGACAUUUGCGAUGAACCUGAAAGCUCAAGUUCUUCCACACUAAAUGAUUUGUUUGGCAACUCAUUCAUUCACCUCCCAUUUGCAAUUCGUUACCAGCUUGAAGUGUGCAUUUCCCAUGGCUAUAUCAGCGAGUACACUGCCGCCAAACCAGAAUUCGUUCAAAGACUCAAAGACAUGGACGAAAGGAAAGCUCUCAUCUUGUUGGAACAUGUGGCCACGGACAAGAGAGUUUACUGGGAUGCCAUGAAGAUCUUUGAUAUCCUCUUCCCAAAGGGGACCACAAGAAGGAAUGUCCCCAGUUACUGUUGCAUGGUCCGGACUGCUACGGUGACUCCAUCGAUGAUAUACUGGAAUACCCCCUCAAUGGAGAUUACGAACCGCGUUCUUCGUCGAUAUUCAGAACACGCUGAUCGUUUCUUGCGUGUGCGAUUCAAAGAUGAAAAGUUCGAGGGCCGGAUCAACUCUACUCACCAAGACACCAUGGAUGAGAUUUUUCAUCGCAUCAAGCGUACCAUGUCCAAUGGAAUCCUACUAGGUAAUCGGAAAUACGAGUUUCUUGCAUUUGGCAAUUCUCAAUUCCGAGAACAUGGUGCAUACUUUUUCGCAUCUGACGCACAUGUUACCGCCGCCAAUAUUCGUGCAUGGAUGGGGGAGUUUUCGGAUAUUAGGAAUAUUGCCAAAUAUGCUGCGAGAUUAGGUCAAUGUUUCUCGACCACAAGAGCUAUCAACACGUGUACGGUCGACUUGACGCGGAUACCUGAUGUGGAGCGUGGAGGAUACACUUUUUCAGACGGCGUGGGCAGAAUCUCGAGAUUCUUAGCCCAGAUGACACAGCAAGAGCUGAAGAUUAGGACUCCCGACAAACAGCCCCCGUCAGCCUACCAGUUUCGCCUUGGGGGGUGCAAAGGCAUGCUGGUUCUAUCAGAUGAACCGCGUGGACGCGAAAUCCAGAUUCGUCCCAGCCAGGAGAAGUUCCCUGCUAACCAUCAAGGCCUGGAAAUCAUUCGCUGGUCUCAAUUCUCCUCGGCCACAUUGAACCGUCAGCUAAUUGCAGUUCUUUCGUCCCUUGGUGUGCAGGACGAAGUGUUCCAUGACAAACUUCGAAGGAUGGUCUCAAACCUAGAAGAGGCUACCCAUGACGAUAGGACAGCUAUGCAGUUACUGCAGAAGUACAUCGAUCCCAAUGAAAUGACGCUUGUUAUGUCAAAGAUGGUAUCUGACGGGUUCCUGCAAGCCAAAGAUCCAUUCAUGACUUCAGUCAUCAAGCUCUGGAAGGCGUGGUCGAUCAAAUAUUUGAAAGAAAAGGCAAAGAUCACGAUCGAAGACGGGGCAUGUCUACUUGGUGUUAUGGACGAGACGGCUACGUUGCAGGGUUUCUUCCACGAAAAGACGAAGUGUUCGCAUUCGUCCCGAGAGUCUAGACUUGCUGCUUUGCCGGAAAUAUUUCUCCAGGUUUAUCGAGUCGAUGAAAAGAAAUAUCGAGUGGUUGAAGGCGUCUGUAUACUCGCUCGCAAUCCGUCACUACAUCCUGGCGAUAUACGAGUCGUCAGAGCAGUUGAUCGCCCUGAGCUCGCUCAUCUUAAAGACGUCGUUGUGCUUCCACAGCUUGGGGACCGAGAUGUUGCAAGUAUGUGUUCUGGAGGCGACUUGGAUGGCGAUGAUUACUUGGUGAUCUGGGAUGAGGAUCUUGUUCCAGAUGAAUGGUUUCGAACACCCAUGGACUAUGCUCCUAUCAAAGGCGUCAACCUCGAACGACCUGUCACUGUCAACGAUGUCACUACUUUCUUUGUGAAUUACAUGAAGAACGACUCUUUGCCCAAGAUUGCUCAUGCGCAUCUGGCGUGGUCUGACUUUUUGAUGGAUGGGGUAGAGUCUGCGAAAUGCAUCCGUCUAGCGCAACUACAUUCAAACGCUGUCGACUACAACAAGACAGGUGAGCCGGCAUAUCUUCCUCGUGACUUGCGGCCAAGGAAGUGGCCUCAUUUUAUGGAGAAGAAAUACAAGCCAAAAGAUCACAUCUACCAGUCGAAGAAGAUUCUUGGGCAGCUCUAUGACGCCGUCGACCGAGUUGACUUCCAUCCAGAUUUGGAUAUGCCGUUUGAUAAGCGUGUGCUUGACGCCGGUAUUGAAGUAUCUGACGACAUAAUGCAGUUCGCUAGAGAGUUGAAAGUCGAUUAUGAUCUCUCCCUGAAACGUAUCAUGGCACAGCAUGAAAUCCGCACCGAGUUCGAAGUCUGGUCUACAUUCGUCCUUAGCCAUGCUAAUCUGAGCAAGGACUACAAAUUUCAUGAAGAACUUGGUGGAGUCAUCAAAGCUCUAAAGGAUAGAUUCCAAAGGGAAUGCUAUGACAAGGUCGGCAGCCGUGACUUUGACUACAUCAAGCCGGUGGUGGUUGCGAUUUACAAGGUCACUAGCGACGAAGUAAUGGUAGCGCAGGCUGAGUUUCGAAAGAACAAUCCGGAUACGAGUGUCAAACCGAAGCCGCAAGAUCUUCCUAUGAUUAGUUUUGCGUGGCUGUUUCCGGAUGUUCUGGGGCGGAUUGCUCUUCGCUAUUUUGAUGAUUCUGCCGGCAAGGGUGAGAGAACUCCCGCCGCUGUUGAACCGGGUAUGUCUCAAAAAGCCAUGAAGCAGGAGGGAGAAGAACGUGUGGUAUCGGAGCAGGAAAGAGAAGCGGUGCAAGUUUCAUCAGAUGCGGAGAAGUCAAACUCGGACACGACUGACUGGUACUCCAUUUGGGACAAAGAUGACAACGCCGAAGAUGUCACGGUUCUAUCUGAGGCUAUCCCCGACGAAGAGGUUGAAAUCAUCGAAGACGGAGGUCAGAUCAAGCCAGGUGCUAUUGACAAUCUGGAAGAUAUGCUUUUUGAUUCGGAAGAAGAUUAG